AUGAGUUCUCUCAAACAAUUCAUCCGCAACGUCAGAGCGGCCAAGACGAUCGCUGACGAGAGGGCCGUCGUCCAGAAAGAGAGUGCUGCCAUCAGAGCCAGCUUUCGCGAAGAGAGCCACAACUCAAACGUCAGGCGCAACAAUGUCGCAAAGCUCCUCUAUCUCUUUACUCUGGGCGAGCGUACCCACUUCGGUCAGAUAGAAUGUCUCAAGCUGCUGGCUUCCCCUCGCUUUGCCGACAAGCGUCUGGGUUACUUAGGCACCAUGCUGCUGCUCGAUGAGAACCAAGAAGUUCUCACCCUCGUCACAAACUCCCUGUCCAAUGACCUCAAGCACUCCAACCAGUACAUCGUCGGUCUUGCCCUCUGCACUCUCGGCAACAUCGCCUCGGUCGAAAUGUCGCGCGAUCUGUUCCCAGAUAUCGAAACUAUCCUCUCUAGCUCCAACCCAUACAUCCGACGAAAAGCAGCCCUUUGCGCCAUGAGAAUCUGCCAUAAAGUCCCUGAUUUACAAGAGCAUUUCUUCGAGAAGGCCAAGCAACUCCUGACCGAUCGCAACCACGGCGUUCUUUUGUGCGGAAUGACUCUGCUUGUGAGCCUGUGUGAGGCAGAUGAGGAAGAAGGCGGAGAGCAGGGCGUAGUCGAGAUGUUCAGACCACUUGUUCCUACUCUGGUUAAGAUCCUCAAGAGUCUUUCCAGCUCUGGAUAUGCUCCCGAACACGACGUCACUGGAAUUACCGAUCCUUUCUUACAAGUCAAGAUCCUCCGACUGUUGCGAGCAUUGGGUCGCGGCGAUGCCCAUACAAGCGAACAGAUUAACGAUAUCCUCGCCCAAGUAGCUACCAACACCGACUCUUCUAAGAACGUAGGAAACUCCAUUCUCUACGAAGCAGUCUUGACAAUCCUGGAUAUUGAAGCCGACUCGGGUCUCCGUGUUCUCGGUGUCAACAUUCUAGGCAAAUUCUUGACCAAUAAGGACAACAACAUCCGCUACGUCGCCCUCAACACUUUGAUAAAGGUCGUUGCUGUGGAGCCAAACGCAGUGCAGCGACAUCGCAACACUAUCCUCGACUGUCUACGCGACCCUGAUAUCAGUAUCCGCAGAAGAGCUCUGGAUCUAAGUUUCACUUUGAUCAACGCAGAUAAUGUCAGAGUCUUGAUCCGCGAACUUUUGUCUUUCCUCGAGGUCGCAGACGCUGAAUUCAAGCCGAUCAUGACCUCUCAGAUCGGUAUCGCGGCAGACAGAUUCGCACCUAACAAGAGGUGGCACAUAGACACCAUGCUGAGAGUUCUCAAGCUGGCUGGUAAUUAUGUCAAAGAGCAAAUCCUGUCUUCUUUCGUCCGACUUAUCGCAACGACUCCUGAACUCCAAACAUAUGCAGCUCAGAAGCUGUAUGCCACUCUCAAGGAUGAUAUCUCCCAAGAAGGACUCAGCCUGGCAGGUGCUUGGGUAAUUGGCGAGUACGGAGAUGCUCUUCUGCGUGGCGGGCAAUAUGAAGAAGAAGAGCUUGUCAAAGAAGUCAAGCAGAGCGACAUCGUCGACCUUUUUACGAGUAUCCUCAACAGCAGCUACGCCGGCCAAAUCGUCAAGGAGUACAUAAUAACCUCUGCCAUGAAACUUACUACUCGUCUCACGGAACCGGCUCAGAUCGAGAGAUUGCGAAGGCUCUUGGAAAGCAACAACACCAACCUCGAUGUGGAAAUCCAACAGCGUGCAGUCGAGUAUGGUCACUUGUUUGCAUACGAUCAAGUACGUCGGGGCGUUCUAGAGCGCAUGCCACCGCCAGAGAUCCGCGAAGAACAGAGAGUGUUGGGUGAGGCUACGAAGAAACGACACUCCAAGGUUCCCAAGAUGAAGAAGCCUAGUCAAGUCACUGAGCAGGACAUGCUUCUAGACCUUAUGGGUGGUGACUCGACCAUGCCUGUUGUUGACAUGAGCUCAACCAUCAACGGAUCACAACACAAUGCAGAUCUACUUGCCGACAUAUUGGAUGGCGGUCAAUCUGUGUCAAUACCUUCUCAACCUCCUACAACCACAUCGCCUACCCCUGCUGGUAACAUGAGCUCAAUUAUGGACCUAUUCGACACACCAUCGACCACAGCGACGCCGCAACCACCACCACAACAACAGGCUCAAAGCGCCGACUUGUUCGGUGGAAUGACAUCUCCGCCACCGCAGACGCAAGGACCGCCAGUCCAUACAGCUUUCGACAAGAACGGGCUCUUGGUCACGUUCCAAAUUCAGAGAAACGCGACUGCAGUGCAAGUGAUGGCCCGAUUUAGAAACACAGGCAACUUUGAGCGAUUGACGGACCUUGGUUUGCAAGCUGCUGUGCCCAAGAGCCAGAAGCUGCAGUUGCAAGGCAUCAGCUCGAGUGAGUUGGAAGGUGGAGAAGAGGCAACACAGCAAAUGCGUAUCAUCAGUGUCCAAGGACCUCCUCCUCAAAAGUUGCGCUUGAGAUUAAAGGUGAGCUAUGCACAAGCAGGCAAUCCAGCCACAACAGAACAGGUGGAUUGGUCAGAACCAGCAUAG